GCGGUGUGCAUGCGGCAACAAAAGCGCACCUCUCUUGCCUUCGAACCACCACAGCCAGAUGAUAGACCACCUCCUUGGUAGGCCCAGUCCGUCGUGGAAGCGAGUCCAGGUCUUUCUUGUCAUCGUCUUCUGGGUAUGGAGAAUACUUAGAGGUAACCCCGGCGGACCACGCCUGUUGUGGCUCAGACGCGCGAACAGAGCUCUUGAACGCUUCACGCCAUGGCAGCUAAUUGUCAGCACUCUGACCGGAGUUUACGCUGUGCGUAACUUCGACAAGAUCCUUGGACUUCAAGCUCCUGAACCACUCGUGGAUCUGUAUUCGCGAUCAUACUAUCGCGCCACAUGGAUAUGCACGGCACUCGACGCAGGUUUUGCCACGGCAAUGUCCAUACGACCCAAAUUCAUGAAGGACCUGUGUUCCGUUGUAUUUGCCCUAUAUUACCUAGUGUACGCUAAUGAAGCCGACGAGAAGCUUCGCAAGUACCGCGCUGUGCCCACCGUGGAAAUGCUCCGUACGACCUGGGAGAAGACGACCAAUCCAUACCUCCGUUUCUUCACAUACUUGCCGAAAGUGACCAUCCGCCGGAAGAUCAUCCUACCCAGGCCGCAUGAUUCAACGUAUACUAGACCCAUCACUGCUUGGCUGUAUUAUGCAGCGCCGGUGCAUCAUCUCGUGCGCGCGACCGACCUUAUCCUCGACUACCCUGGAGGCGGUUUCAUCUCGAUGACACCCGAGCACCAUGAGGAACGUCUCCGCAUGUGGGCGGUUCGGACUGGGAAGCCGGUCUUGUCAAUCGAGUACGGCAAAGCGCCCGAAUAUCCCUACCCAUUUGCCAUCGAUGAGUGUUUUGACGUCUAUCGACUGUUGGUCGAGUCCGGCGGCAAAGCGAUCGGGAUGUCCGGCCAUAGACUGAACGUUAUUAUUUCUGGGGACUCCGCCGGAGCUCACGUCGCUGCAAAUGUAAUGGUCAAGAUCUUGGAGACACAAUUGACGCUGCCCCUCCCAAAGGCGCUGGUGUUUGCCUACCCUGCACUGGACUUCAAUUUCACGUCAUGGAUGACCCCCGACAACCUGCGUGUGCUGCAAUCUGAGCAAUCAUCCGGCCACAUCCCCGGUCUCGCGGCACAGAAAGAUCAUUUGAGGCACAUCAGCCCUCUGUCAAUGGUCGGCGACAGGCAGGCCAUUCGCAGACGCCGCAGCUGGCGAGAGGCGCUGCGAAAGCUGGCGUCGCCGACGGACGAGCGGCCCAGCCUGGCACUGAGGCAUUCCACGAUGUCUUCGAGGGCCUUGAAGGGCCGGGGACAUGCCGAAGAGCCUGGUGCUGACGCCGAGGCCGGCGAGAUGGCAGAUGUCGAGGACGGCGCAGAAAUCAGGGACACGAGAGAGGAAGACAUGCCCAUCCAAGCGAGAGUGCGCUUCCACCCCCAAGUCGACGAGCGUGUCCCCCAACAGCAACAGUGCGAGGCGGAUGCCACGAUACCCGAGCAGGGAGAACCGUCAGAACAAGUCCAGCUGGGAACCAGGCUCACUAUGACCAGCCGUACUGGCUACUUCUCCGAUCGGAUUAUUUCCCCCAGCAUGAUGCGCGCAAUGGCUAUUCUAUACAUCGGGCCUCACCGCAAUCCCGACUUCGCGACCGAUUAUCAUCUCUCCCCGAUCAAGGCGCCCAGUCAUUUGCUGACGCAAUUCCCGCCCAUUCUCAUGGCCUGUGGAGAGAAGGACCCUUUUGUUGACGACACGCUCGUUUUUGCCGGACGGGUGCGAGAAGCGAAGCGGGCGCGGAGGAGGGACCUCGAUGCCGCGCUGUCGGGGAAGAGCACCAAGCCCCUCGAGUCGUUUCUCCUCUCGAAGGGAGAUCUCAGCCAAGAGGAGGCUGUGCGAGCGCUGCGGCGCGAGCGAGAUUUGCUCGCCGCCCAAGGAGAUGAGGACUGGGUCACCAUGCAGAUCUACUCGGAGUGGAGCCACGGGUUCCUGCAGAUGCCCAUGCUCUUGCAGGAAGCACGCACCGUCAUCGACAGUAUGGCCGACUGGAUGGACGAGGCGUUCGCGAGUGCCGGCACCAGGUCGGGCGUCACGGCCAAACGCAACAAUGUAACCACUGCUACCAGGCCGGGCGGCAAACGCACCUCGCCAGCCAGACGGCCGGUCCCGCCGCCUGGGCAUGGGUCGGCCUCAAUCACAUCAGAGACGGAGGCUGAUACAACAGAGACGGAGACGGACGAUGCCUUGACGAUUGUACCAAAGAAGAGGACAUCGCCACCCGCAUCUUUCCUUGAGACCGACGCUGGGAAGAAUAAGACCUCGACGCAGAGGAAUGUGGAACAGAUUGUGUCGGAGAGAAACAGGCACAACCGAGGGCAGAGUUGGUCAUCCAGUCGCGCGGACAGCGCAGACACCGUAUCCGCAGAGGGCGGCCUUCCCGCCACGCCGCGGUUUGAUCUCUUGCACGACCUCCUAGGACAAACGACUCCGGUCGGUCAGACAAAGACCCGUCGGGACUCUUCACCGUCGAGCAAGGCGCCAACGCCGGGCAAGGCAGGUCAAAUUAUUUCAGAAUCGGAAUUGAUGAGAAGGCGUCGACUGCUCGAUUCUCACCUCAUUCCUACGGACUCCGCGAAGUAGACUUCACUAUACCGCAGCUGUAUCAUUACCGAAUGCUUGUAUCCCCAUUUGACCCAGAAUAGUCUUCGCAUAUCUGUGCCUACACGCAAUCUAUGUGUGGUUUGACAUAUGUGGAUAUGCGGUCGAA